CCGGAAAAGGAGGGGCUAAAGGGGUGUUUUGCUAAUGGCUAGCUUCGGGAGGCUAACUCUGCUUCUUAUUCUGAUCUUUCUGAUAUAAACACACUCUGUUUGCCUUUCAUUAUUUUAAUAAUAAACCGAGACAUGAACGGGAGUACGAAUCCGCUGCUGGACAAAGAGGAGCAUGUUCUGAAGCUCGGGGAGAGCUUUGAGAAGCGGCCCAAAUCCUCCUUUCAUACUAUCAGAUAUGACUUCAAACCAGCAUCUAUCGACACGAGCUGUGAGGGAGAGCUGCAAGUUGGGAAAGGAGAGGAAGUUACCAUCACGUUACCUCACAUCCCAGGCUCCACGCCUCCCAUGACGGUGUUCAAAGGGAACAAGCGGCCGUACCAGAAGGACUGCGUGCUCAUCAUCAACCACGACACCGGGGAGUUCGUGCUGGAGAAGCUGAGCAGCAGCAUCCAGGUCAAGAAGACCAGGGCGGAGGGCAGCAGUAAGAUCCAGGCACGGAUCGAGCAGCAGUCGGUCCGGUCCAGCCAGCCCACCGCUCAGUUUCGGGCCCCUACCAAGCCCGGGGCCGGGGCCAAGACCUCCCCUUCUCCCUCUAAAGAUAACCCGUCCCCGGAGCCUCAGCUGGACGACAUCAAGAGAGAGCUGCGUGCCGAGGUGGAGGUGAUCGAGCAGAUGAGCAGCAGCGGCAGCAGCAGCUCCUCGGACUCGGCCAGCGCGUCGGCCAGCGGAGACGACAGCAGCGACGGAGAGCAUGACGCCCCUCCCCGACCGCUCAGCCAGACCUCCCCUGGCCGCCCCCCCACGGCCAACGGAGGACAGCAGGGCAGCAACCAGCUCAUGAACACACUCCGAAACGACCUUCAGCUCAGCGAGUCGGGCAGCGACAGUGAUGACGACUAAACUCUCUUCCUCUCCACACACACACACACACACACACACACUCCUCUCCACUGGUUCCUUUGCUGUGACAGCUCCCAGCGGUGUAUCUGUAUGUUUUAUUUUUUAUUUUCGUAUAUCCUUAAAGCUGGUCGGCCAGAGUGUAUUUUUUAUUAGAAGUAUAUUUUAUUUUGUAUAGCGAGACAGAGAAACUUUUACCCGGGCGGUUUAGAAGAUUAUAUAUGAGAGUGCACUUACGUAUUUUCUGUACUCAGAGCAGCUACUUUUAUCUACAUGUAUGGUCUGUUUCCUGUUGGGUUUGUCUGUCGGGGAGUCGGUGACCACUCCCUCACCUCGUCUGUGUUUAAUCUGAGAAGGCUGUGGGAAGCUUCUCUACUUCUAUGUCAUGUUUUUAUUGUUGUGAAAAAAUGCAGAACUUCCUGUGCAUCAGCAACAGGUCGAUGGAAAACCAAUCUAUUAAGUGACUGUAUAGUAUUCUAGACGUCAUUACAGAGACCUUAAUUAACUUUGAGUUAAUUGCUCUUAUGGAAUGAUUUCACAGGACUUGAUUAUGUUGUUUACUGACAUGACCUUUUAUUACCUGAAAAACAGUGAAGCUGCAGGUGUUUAUCUGCAUGUUGGGAUUCUUUCUGACCACUAGGGGGCAGCCAGGACCUUCACACUGACAGAUCUGAUCUGUAUAAGCUUUUAAUGUUUGCUAAUGGUUAGCAAGCAGUUGAAUGUAAAGAAUCCACCAAAUCCAAACAGAAUAUCCUGCUACAGUUUUUGAUUGAGCUUCAGGAACUCAAACCCUAAACAUGUGGUGUGUUUGUAGCCGGAGAAUAUAAAAAAUAAGCUAAAAGGGGAUAAAUAUUCCAGUCAAGCUGCAAAAUUGUCUCAGAUAAGUGUUACCUGAUGAAAAGGUCCUCAGCAACGUGUGAACAACACCAUCCAUCAAACAGAGACGGAGACGAAGAUCAGUCCUGUGUGCAUUAAGUUCCACCUUAAUGGUCCUUUUGCAACGUCCCAGUGUAACCAGUUACAGUAUGAAACGUACUCUACUAUUAUUCGUCAAAGCCUAUGCUGACAACGCUCUAAAACCUUUAACUACUCACCGUCACAGCCGUUUUACUCAAAUUACUGACUUUAAAAGUAAUCAAAUGCUAUUUAUCUGUUAAAGCUAAUCAAAGUAAGGUCUUCAUUUUAGAAAACCUGAAAAACACACCUGAGAUCAAAUUAUACACGAUUACAUCGAGAAUAAAAUGCAUUGUUUCACUUUUUUUUUUUAAAUCAGUUUUCAAUCAAACAGACCACACCUUAUUUUUAGAUCCCACAUUUCCAUACGAUAUUAAAGGAUCACUCCAUGCCUCACAGUGUCUCAGUGAAGGUGAACGUGUUGUUUUGUGAAAAAGCCAAAGAGUGAAAGCUGCCCCUCAUCGUGUCGGUGUCUAAUCCUCUUCAUUCUGCUUUCAUUAAAACCUGUCUCUUGAUGCGAGGUCAGGGAAAAUCUGCAGGAGACGCGUGGUGCUGACUGUACGGUAAACCAAUGCAACAACAACCUGCACAGAAACACUAUCAUUCAUUUUAUUGGGCUUUCAUUGAUCCUGUCAGGAAAUGUAGGAGUUAUAACCGGUCUUAAGGUUAGUGGAAUGUUCCUUCUAGUUAAUGCGAUAAUUAAUGUGUGGACAGAGUCCUGAUCGACAGAAAUUGAGAAAUUGUCUCUCGUUUUUCUACGAGGGAGGAGAGGUAACCAUCACAAAGUUACUGUUCAUCAUGGGACAUUCACCAUGAGCUGUAUGGUUUGCUAUAUCAGCCACUGAGGCACACUUCAGUCUCUGAAUUCACUUCAGACACACCUCUGCUGUUGAACGUUCUGUUGUCAUGUUGUUUUUGGAGUGCUACGUUUAUGUGUUUGUAAAAACCUGAAGUGUAUUAAACAUUGUGUAAAUUCA